AUGGUAGCGGCAUUUACUUCAAAGGUUUUCACAAAUGGGGCAUUGAUUCUGGUCUUAUGCUUGCUGGUUUUGCAAGGAGUUUCUGGCCGCUGUGUUUCUGGCCAUGGAUGCUUCUAUGAAAAUGCAGCUCAAAUUAGAAAGAUGCUGCAGACUGAUUUGAAGGAAAAAAAUGAGGUAGUGAAGGCUUCACUUCAUGGAUCAACAGGCAAUACUGCAGGGAAUAGAGAAAACUUUGUGGGAUGGGAAUUAAGGACAGUGCCUUCAGGACCAGAGCCAUUGCACCAUAAUGGUGGUACCCCUAAGAAGCCCCGGACUGAUCCUUAA